AUGGAGAACCUCACCACUCUCCAGUUGACGGUAGACUCCGAAAAGGGCGUUGCCCUCGUCCGAUUCGACCGCCCAGCCAAGAGAAAUGCCUUCUCUCAGGUCAUGAUCGGCGAACUUGUUUCGACUUUGGCUCAUCUCGAUGCCUUGGACACUGUCCGCGUCGUUGUUGUCACCGGUGGCCCAGAUGGACCUUUCUGUGCCGGCAUGGAUCUCAACGAGCUGGUGCAGAUCUCCACGGCCGCGGCCCACCAGCGCGCCUUUCUCAAGGACCUAACAGACGCCUUUGCCAACUUCUCCAAGCCCACCAUUGCGGCUGUGGUUGGUUUUGCAUUGGGCGGUGGUUGCGAGAUCGCUCUAGCAUGCGAUAUGAUCUACGCCGCAGAAGAUGCUUCGUUCGGACUCCCAGAGAUCAAGAUCGGAACUAUCCCAGGCGCCGGCGGCACUCAGCGUCUAGCCCGUGCUUUGGGCAAGCACAAGGCCAUGGAGUUCGUUCUCACCGGCGAUUCAGCCAGCGGGGCCGAGUUUGAGCGUCUCGGCGUUGUCAACAAGGUGUUCUCUCGUCAAGAGGUCGUGCCAGCUGCCAUGAAGCUCGCGGAGCGCAUCGCCAUCAUGUCAGGCCCCGUAACCAAAACCGCAAAACAAGCGGUUCUCACAGUCGAAAAUAGCCAUCUCGAUGCCGGGAUGACCAUGGAGAAAUCCCUUUACUACUCGACUUUCAGCCUCGGCGAUUUCAAUGAAGGAAUGACCGCUUUCCUGCAAAAACGACGUCCCGACUUCAAGCACACGUAG